CACUCAACUGACUCUGAAUGAAAAAAAAAAAAAAAAAAAAAAAUCAAAUUUCUCAGAGAUCCGAUUUGACAACAUGAAGCUCUUUUGAAACUGUUGCCAGAAAACCAAAAAAAUGGCUAACGCUCUUUGUGAUAUUCGUUUACUUCUCAUUGCUACUGCCCUUGCUUUCAUUUACAUCCAGAUGCGGCUUUUUUCUACGCAAUCAGAGUACGCGGAUCAGAUGGCUGCUGCAAUUGAAUCCGAGAAUCAUUGUACAAGUCAAAUGCGGUUACUAAUUGAUCAAAUAAGUAUGCAACAAGGCCGGAUUGUGGCCCUAGAAGAAGAAAAGAAACGUCAUGACCAAGAAUGUGGACAGCUGAAAGCUCUUGUUAAAGAUCUGGAAAGGAAAGGUCUAGAAAGACUCAUCGAUAAAGUUCAGGUGCCAGUGGCAGCAGUUGUGGUUAUGGCAUGUAAUCGUGCUGAUUAUUUGGAAAGGACUAUUAACUCUAUAAUAAAAUAUCAAAGCUCUGUUGCUACAAAGUAUCCACUCUUUGUAUCCCAGGAUGGAUCGGAUCCAAAUGUCAAGAAGAAGGCUUUGAGUUAUGAUCAGCUAACAUAUAUGCAGCACCUGGAUUUUGAACCAGUACAUACUGAAAGACCUGGGGAAUUGACGGCUUACUACAAGAUUGCUCGUCAUUACAAAUGGGCAUUGGAUGAAUUAUUCUACAAACAUAAUUUCAGCCGGGUUAUCAUACUAGAAGAUGAUAUGGAGAUUGCCCCUGAUUUUUUUGAUUAUUUUGAGGCUGCAGCAGCUCUUCUUGACAAGGAUAAGUCUAUUAUGGCUGUUUCCUCAUGGAAUGACAAUGGACAAAAGCAGUUUGUCCAUGAUCCUUAUGUACUUUAUCGCUCAGAUUUCUUUCCUGGUCUCGGAUGGAUGUUGACUAGAACUACAUGGGAUGAACUAUCACCCAAGUGGCCUAAAGCUUACUGGGAUGAUUGGUUAAGGUUGAAAGAAAAUCACAAAGGUCGACAGUUUAUCCGUCCUGAAAUUUGCAGAACAUAUAAUUUUGGUGAGCAUGGUUCUAGUAUGGGGCAGUUCUUCCAACAAUAUCUUGAGCCUAUUAAGAUGAAUGAUGUUCUGGUUGAUUGGAAGUCGAUGGAUUUAAGUUACCUAGUGGAGGACGAGUACCUGAAGUACUUUGCCGAACUUGUGAAAAAAGCUAAGCAUGUCCGUGGAGCUGAUGCUGUUCUCAAAGCAUAUAACAUAGAAGGUGAUGUGCGUAUUCAGUAUGAAGACCAGUCAGAUUUUGAGCGCAUUGCACAUCAGUUUGGAAUAUUUGAUGAAUGGAAGGAUGGUGUACCAAGGACAGCAUAUAAAGGGGUAGUAGUUUUCCGAUUUCAAACCCCACGGCGUGUAUUUCUUGUUGGUCCUGAUUCUCUAAGGCAGCUUGGAAUUAAAGAUCCUUGAUAUAAAAAAGAAAAUCUGAGGACAAAAAGA